AUGGCCAGCAAAGGCACCACUACUGCCACCACCGGCCAACCCCCUCUGGUGCUGACCGAGUCUCCGGUCGAUUCAGUGCCUAAGCAAGACCGCCGCAUGAGCGACGAAUGGGACGCGGCCAAAGUACCCCCUAGCCGCUUCCAAAAACGAAAGGGCUCCAUCUACGCUACGCCCAGCUCUCGCGACGGCCACGUCGACCGCAACUACCAAGACAAGUACCACGCCAAGAUUGCCGAAAUGACCAAGAGCAAGUAA